GUUGCAUAACCCUUCUAUUUGACCAGAGCCACAUUUUGUCCCGAAGCUUGCUGCCCUGGGAGGGGACUGAAGAAGGCACCUAGCACAGACUGGGCAGGGAAGGGAGUCAGCCGCGAGCAAGGGCUGUGCUGGGUCCCCCGGCCUUCCGCUGCCACACAGGAGGAUGGAGGCCCACAACGUGACGGCCCCGCUCAACUUUACCCUCCCACCCAACUUCGGCAAGCGCCCCACCGACAAGGCACUGAGCGUCAUCCUGGUGUUCUUGCUGCUCAUUAUCAUGCUCUCGCUGGGCUGCACCAUGGAACUCAGCAAGAUCAAGGCUCACUUCUGGAAGCCCAAGGGGCUGGCCAUCGCCCUCAUAGCGCAGUAUGGCAUCAUGCCUCUCACGGCCUUCACGCUGGGCAAGGUGUUCCGGCUAAACAACAUUGAGGCACUGGCCAUCCUUGUCUGCGGCUGCUCCCCCGGCGGGACCCUGUCCAACGUCUUCAGUCUGGCCAUGAAGGGGGACAUGAACCUCAGCAUCGUGAUGACCACCUGCUCCACCUUCUUUGCCCUGGGCAUGAUGCCCCUCCUCCUGUAUGUCUACUCCAGGGGGAUCUAUGAUGGGGAUCUGAAGGACAAGGUACCCUACAAAGGCAUUGUGAUAUCACUAAUCCUGGUUCUCAUUCCCUGCACCAUUGGGAUCUUCCUCAAAGCCAAGCGGCCACAAUAUGUACGCUAUGUCAACAAGGAAAAGGAUAAGAUCCCCAAAACCCAGGGGGAGUCAUCUUCCUGGCAGUGCAGCCGCACUGUCAGCAUGGAAACUGGAUGCCAAAAUGUUCAACUUUGUUCCACCAUUCUCAAUGUGACAUUCCCCCCUGAAGACAUUGGACCACUUUUCUUCUUCCCUCUCCUCUACAUGAUUUUCCAGCUUGGAGAAGGGGUUCUUCUCAUCUUCAUCUUUCGGUGUUACGAGAAAAUCAAGCCUUCCAAGGAUAAAACAAAAAUGACCUACACAGCUGCUGCAAUUGAAGAAACCAUUCCAGGAACUGUAGGAAACGGCACCCAUAAAGUGGAGGAGUGCUCCCCCUGCACAGCCUAGCCUUCCCCCAGUGGCCUGGAUUCUGGUCAGA